CCUUAAAGCGAUUCAUUCCUUUAAUUAGUCAUUCCUUCAUCCGUGAUGUCCUCUUGCCUUCCUUGCGUAAAAGUUAAACAUCGAACAUAUGUCAACAAUUGCUAUCCUCCGUUAAAAGACAAUAAUACACAACCUCGAUCCUCUGAAUUAAGUUACCUUACGUUUUAUGCGAGUUCAAGACCUGCCAAAUUGACGAAAGUGGGAUCAUAUUUUCUGACAGUUGUAAUUGGUUUCUGGUUCUUUUACGACCUUCAAAGACAGAAUUUAGUAUCUCUCAGAAUCAUUAAAGAAUUAAUACAAACCUGUCACCGAAAUUUGAACAUAUUCUCGAAAAAUGUUGUAAGGAUAUUAAAUGAAAUGCUCGAUACAAGAGAUAUAGAGCUGCUCGACUUCACUUGUGAAACUUUUAUCACUUUAUGUCGCUACCUUGACUGCACUUCAAUGGCCGUUGAUUCAGAUUUCAUGAACGAUUAUCAAAGAUUGAUAGGAAGUUUUGCCGGUUUCUGCAAUUAUUCGACCAAGGACAAUUCAUUGGACUUGAAGAUGCGUUAUAUCGGUCAUCGUGCUCUCCAAGCAGCCGUGACAUCAAAUGGUCUUCAGGCAUCCAAUUUUAAAUCACAAUUGAGCAUACUACUACCUCCCUUGAUGAAUACAUUAGCUUCCACGCGACAUUCUGUGAAUUUUACUCAUCUGGGUGAUGGAACAGUAGUGGACAUUGAAGAAUCAGCGUUGGAUAAUGAAAAGAUCAACCUUCAAGCUAUCGAGUCAAUAGCAGCACAUACAGUUUCACUCCUAUUCAGUAAAGUAACGGGACCAUUUGUUCGACGUUCUCUAACUCCUUUGUUUAGUUACCUGGACGAAAAUAAGAAGUGGUGGCCUCCUUAUCUCGCUAUCAAUAUUCUUAAGUUAGUGUUGGAAUCACUCCAGCCUCAAUAUAGAUAUCUAUUGGUCUCUGAAGUUUUACAGCAAUUGGAUGAUAGCGCUGAUAAUACUAACAGUAAUAUUGUGAACGAUAAGCACACAGCACUUGUUUGUGUAUUAGAUACAAUUUUGAAUGCAAACGUGUCUUUGGUCGGCAUCUCAGUUUUGGAGAUCCUCAACUAUCUCUUUUCAUUUUUGAUCAAGACCACUAAACACAAUGUGUUCGAACCAGACGCAGACAUAGAUCACGAAAGCAGCAAUGAAAUCCAUAAUUCGAACGACUUAGAAAAGUACAAUCGAGAACAUGCCAACAUAAUGCAGCAUAAAUUGAUCCAUUCGAUUGGAGGACUAGCGACCCAAAUUUAUUAUAGCAAUCAAUUAAAUGAUAUGUUUAAUUAUCUAACUUCAAAAUUAAGGACAAAUACGACUUUGGACGAAGUUGACAAUUUACCCAUUCAUGACUAUCGUUUGAUUGUCUUGACAUGUAUGGAAAGUAUUAUUCAUAGUUCAGCGAAAGAUAUCGAUUCAUUGAACGCUUCAAGCAGUGAAUCAGCUACUGACCAGGUUAUGAUUAAGUCUUCAACCAUUUCUUCGGAAACAUGGAACUCUGCACUUGGGUUAUUACAAGACAAUGAUCCAAGAACAAGAAAUAACUGUAGCAGAUGCCUUUGUGAAUAUCUGCAGACAAAACCCUCUGUCAAGCGAAUUGAUGGCCUUAUUAAACGUCCUUUAACGGCCGACCCUUCGGAGUUGAUUUUCAUGGAGCGUCUUGUGUACACUAUGUAUGAUUGGGCUAUGCUGCCUCAGUUCAACCAAGCAGACCUUAGAUACUUUUAUUCCUUUUUAUGUUUGCUCAACUACAAAUUUGGCAUUGAUGCGACUCUCCUUAUUAUACCUUUGGUGUUCAAAAUACAGCAAUGUAUUCAGGACAACAGAAUUACGAUAAAUACAAGACAAAAAGCCCUUCAAAGCGCUCUAGUUGCUUGGUUUAAAUCAACUGCUGAAUUCUACAAUAUAGAAUCACUACACAAUUACGUAACAACAUUGGAAGAUGAAGGAGCAGAGGCCAAGUUAGAUUUGCCGGAUAUCAAGAAUGAAAGUGAAAAAAUGAUUGCAAAUUAUCCAAAUGAUAUGUUUGAAGAAAAUGAUGAUAUCAAUAUGGAUGAUGUCGGAUUGAUCGACCGUAGCGUUAUUGUGGAAUUGAUGUCGAACGACGGCAAUCUGCGCGAUGAAAUAGAUACUUACGGAUUAGACCUAGAAGCAAAGCUAUUUGCUGAAUGGGGAUCAGAUGCUUACCUAGCAAGAAGGAUUAACCAUGGCCAGUUCAGAAAUAUCCACAGCAGGCUAUUACAAGAUACAGACGAGGAUGUAUCAAUACCAGUUGUAGGGAUAAAUAAGUUGAAACCUAAGUUAGUUAGCCCAUGGCUUUAUAAGAACGAUGACUAUCUAUCGCCAACCAGAUCUUCGCUGCUUAAUUCUUCAGCUGAAGAUAAGCAACCGCAGUGCAGCAAAGGGGAUGACAUUAGGGUUUCAACGCUUAAGGAUGCAUUGGUGAGACAGCAGGCUCCUCCGACGGAUGAUGAUUCAUUGAGCGGUACUCAAUCAAACAGCAACAGAAACAAUCAUUCAAAAGCGACUUCUUUAUCUAGAGACAUUGAUGAUAUAUUGAACGAGCUGCACUUGGAUCAAAAGACGACUACUACUAUGUCGUUGGUCAACCCACCAUAUCAAUCCAUAUUGAGUUAAGCUUGGCCAUAAAUCAUUAUUUAUAACCAAUACAUAUAAUUUUAAUUUUACUUAAUAGUGAACAAUAAAUAUAGCUUUAUUUUAUACUUGCUACAGCAUGGAAAGACUGCUUUAUACAGCGUAUUUUUGCUGAAAUCGAAAGACCUUGUUCAGUAAUUACAUAGAUAAUAAGUAAUCUAUAGCUGCUUGGACAUUUCCUCCUGUAGCUAAUAAAGCACGAAUAUUGGUACUUUUUUCUGAGAAACCCAUUUCCUCUAACUGCGCUAAUUGAUCUCUAAAUCGUACUUCAGGAGGCUCUGCUGGAAUUUGAG